AUCAUCAUCAUUAACCACUUCUCUUUCUCCCCAACUUUUUCUCUCUUCAGCUAAGGCAGCUGUCCAAUCUUGUUGCCCAUCGGCGAGUUCCUGGCGAGCAACUGUGUCAGAAAUUGGAAAACCUGCACAUUUGUGAGUCUUCUGAAGACAUGUCUGUCCAACAGAUCCAGAUGAAAAUGGCUGUGGUGCAGCAGGAACUGUUUGAGUUGAAAAUGCGCCUCGAAGCACGCAGCGGGCGCAAGAUCUCCGAAAAGGACAUGCGUCUGAUUCGCAAAAUCGAACAACUCAAGGAGGAGCUACGAGAGCUGCUGGUUGAGUUGCGGAAACGUAAAUCUGAAGAAGAACAUAGCCUCAUUCUCACUAAUGAGGAAACAGAUGAUGAAGAACUGGAAAGGGAAUUCCACCGACCUCACAGACGCCGUGCCAUGUCUAUUAGUUCGAAACGUUCAACAGUGUCGGUCUCCUCAGUAGCACGACCUUUAGCAGCUACGUCAGUUAUACCAGAGUCCCCUUUAUGACACCCUUUUCACCCCACCUUCCAUCUUUCUUUCUUUCUACUUUUCUGCACCCCUCCCACCUCCCCCCGUUUCACCACCUCUACAACCCUUUCAGUUUAAUUCCGGAACUUUUGAAAAGAAAAAAUAAUAAAACAUGCAAACAAAAGAAAAGUAAUGACUAAAUAAAAUAAAAUGAAAAUAAAUAAUAUA